AUGAAUAAAUUAUUUAACAUACUUAAAAAAACUAUUAAAAUCAAUCAUCAAUAUCAAGAGAACAAUGUAAAUACCACUUUUCAAUAUGAGCAUGAAAAUAGUCAUCUUGUUAGUCAUCAUUGUUCAAUAUGGAUUGACUCAACACCUUGUCAUGGGCAACCUGUUACUGAGCAGUCCUCUCAGGAUAACGGAUUAAAUUCACAAGAUGUCUUAAGUAAUAGAAUUUCUAGUUGUCAGUCGAACAACUUUGUUGACCCGACGCCUUAUGAUGAACCACUCGCUAUCGAACAAUCUUAUCUUUUACCAUCUUUAGACCAUCAGAAUAAUUCGAACCAAUUUAUUGAUACAGCCUAUAAUGAUAAUGAAUCACUAAAUCAUUGUUCGAAUUCGCAGGACACUUUAUAUGAGGCUUCGAGCUGCCAGUUAACUCAAUUUUUGGAUCCUGUAUUUUGCAGUGAACAAUCACUUAAUGUACCUGUCGUUGAACAAUCCUCUUGUCCAAUAUCUAUAAAUAAUCAGUCAAACCUUCAAAUCAAUACAUGUGAAGAGUCUUCAAACAUUCAACAAGGUCAAUUUAUAAGUCUUAGCACAGGUCCGAAUGUGAGUUUUCUGCAUUCAUUUACACUGGUGUUAGAUUCAUCAGAAGUUGAUGACAGCGAUGAAAGUUCUGAAACUAUUAAUAACAAUGAAGAUGAAAGCAAUAAUGUUGAUGAUUAUGAAUACGCUAUGCGAUUACAGCGAAUCUAUAAUGAAGAAUUAAAUAUAGGUAAUGCGCAAGUGAUAAGUAAUUUUGAAUAUAAUCAUAAUCAAGAGGGUUUGCAUGAAUGUAAUAUGCAAGUAUAUGAUAACUUGGAAGAAUCGAGCUUAGUUACCAAUUGUCCAUCAAAUAUGAAUGAUGACAAUAAUGAAUCUUGUGCUGUAAUGCCGGUGCAAAAUUGGCAUUCAUCAAGUGGAUGGGAUGAAGAUUUAACUGAACAACCAAGCAAUUGGAAUGAAGAAAUAAAUGACUCAUCAUAUAAUUAUAAUGAUUCACAAACGAUCCGGGAUGAUGAUGACCUAAGUUGGGGUUGGGACGUUGAAGUAAAUGAUUCACCAAACAGUUCAGAUGAUGAUAUGAAUGAACAACAGGGUGAAAAUUGGGUUACAGGUGAAUGUCAAGGCGAUAAUUGGAAUCUAGGAAUAAAUGAUCCAUCAAACAGUUGUAAUGAUACAUCAACUGUCCAGGAUGAUGAUGAUUUAGGUUGGGGUUGGGGUGUUGAAAUAAAUGAUUCAACAAGGUGUUCAGACAGUGAUUUAAAUGAACAACAAGGAGACAAUUGCGACACUUGGAUUGCAGAUGAACAUCAAGAUAGCUGUUGGAGUACUGAACGUUCCAAUAGUUGGUGGGAUGAAGAAGUAAACGAUACAUCAGUUGGUUGGGGAGAUGAAGGUGGAGUAUUCAAUGAUACUAUGCGUCAAAUUUUGGAGACAUUUCUGUUAUUGGAAAAUCCUGAAUAUGGUGGUGAUGGACAUUUGUUUACUGGAGACAAUUAUAAAUUGAUUAGUUCGACCGCUCCAAUUCAUUUCAUGGAUGAACUUGAUGACACCAUUACUUUAAAUGAUCUUGAAAGGUUUAGUCCUUCAAUAUCAAAAUUUGUUAAAGAUAUAUUAAACGCAGAACCUAAUACUGACUUAUCUACUAUUGUUGGGUUUGAUGAAUGGGCUGAGU